AUGGCAUUGGCAGACAAUUAUGCGUUCAUCGGUCUCGGGGCGAUGGGCUAUGCAAUGGCUGCUAAUAUCAGAAAGAAGAUAGACCAGUCUUCGACCCUCUAUAUUAAUGAUAUCAACGCGUCUGCUUGUUCUCGCUUCAAUGAUGAAUACUCGUCGUACGGCCCAAUACAGAUCGUCGCUACAGCACGCGAAGCGGCGGAAAACGCAAAAGUACUUAUAUCAAUCGUACCAGGAGCAACUGAUGUGAAGAAAGUGUAUCUAGACGAAAAUGACGGGGUCAUUGCAGCAAAGAAAGACGAAGAAAGGAUCAUGUUAGAAUGCAGCACGAUUGAUGUGAACACAACAAAAGAAGUUGGUCAAAAGUUAAGAGAAACGAGGACAGGAAUAUACAUUGACGCGCCCGUCUCCGGAGGAGUGCCAGCUGCGGAAGCAGGUACUCUAGCGAUGUUGAUUGGCCAUCCAGAACCAGCACAAACACCGACCUCUUUGUCCUCUUCAGAUACUCGACUACAAAUGACGCUGUCCAUGCUUGGUCCAAAAUCCAAAGCUUUCUACCUAGAUACCCUCGGCGCAGGUCUGACUGCAAAGAUAUGCAACAACUAUCUCUCUGGCACUGUUCUUCUCGCGACCGCCGAAGCCCUCGCAAUAGGGGUAUCCCAUGGUCUUGACCCCACUGCCCUAUACUCUGUGAUCAAGAACAGUACUGGCCAGUCUUGGAUGUGCGACCAUGUCAUGCCCAUACCCGAUGUGCAAACCGAAUACUGGGUGCCUAGCAACAGUGGAUAUAGGCCAGGAUUCAAGACGCAGAUGAUGCUCAAGGAUCUGGGACUGGGCAUUGAGAGCGCGAAUCAGGUGGGCAUUAGACCUAGUAUGGCAGAGAGAGCGUUGGAGGUUUGGGAAGGUGCGGCGAAGGAUGAGAGGUGUGUAGAUAGAGAUGGCAGUAGCAUUUACUUGCAUGUUGGGGGUGUAUUGCCGAAAGGGUAUGAAGACAAAGCGAAGAAGCAGGAAAAUGGAUCCUGGGAGUUUGCUGAUUGA